AUGAAAUAACAAAUUAAACAAGAUGAUUCUGUUCAACCAAUGAUCAUAUUGUAACCAUCCUAAUAUAAAUUUAUGAUUUUUAUGGAUUCUUCUCUCUAAAAAGAUUUAGACAAAUUAUAUAAUAAACAUAAUAAACAAAUGUACUUAUUAAUCAUAUUCAAUAAUAGUAUAGAUAAAGAGAGAUUUGAAAAAAUAUAAUCAGUCAAGGAUUAAGUAAAAGGUUUAAGAGAAAUCAUCAAUGAUUAUUAAACUUAAUAAAAUGAAAUAGAUAGUCUCAAAUUGCAAUUACAGAAUUAGAUCAAAGCUAUUUUAUCAAAAGAAUAAAUUAUAAAAAAUAUUGAAGAUACUUAUAUGCAAUAAAUGGAAGAAGUAAAUUCAUCUCAUUUUAUUUUAUAGAUCAAAAAUAAUUAUGAAUAACGUUAAUUUGAUUUGGUUAAAGAAUGUGAACAAUUAAAACUUAGAAAUAAAGAAUUAGAAGAAAUUAAUAUUAAAUAUCUUACAUAAAAUGAUUUAUUACUAAAAGCUAAUAAUAACUAUUAAUAAAGACUUAAUGAAGUAGAAAUGAAACUCAUUUUAGCAGAAAAGACUAACCAUGUAACAUCCUUUGAAUUAGAAUAAAUGAAAGAAAUAAGAGCAGGAGCAUUAUUUAUUCAAGGAGCUUAUAAAAUAUUAAAUUAAUAAUAUAAAGAAAGUAAUAUUUAUACUCUUUUAACUAAUAAAUAUAAAUCUACUAUCUUAUCAUUUUUAGAACCUAAAGAUAUAUUCACAUUAAUGUUAACAAGUAAAUAAAUGUAUUUUAUCAUCUAAAAUAAUCGAUCAUUAUUAAAUUACAUAGUCAAUUAUAGAACCUCAGUUUUAAAUAAAGAAAUAAAGUAUUUAAAAACAGAAUUUAAGUAAUAUUUUCAUAAAAUUUAUUAUUAGUUAUUUUAAUGAUAUGGUUUAUUAAGUACCAGAAGAGAUAAUUUAAAUUGGAAUUGCUAAAUUCUUAGUUUUUAAAUUCAAUAUUGGAUAAUAUAUGAAUGAGAUAUUUAAUGAUGCAUAUGAAUUGAUUGAGGGCAAAUUCCAAAAUUAAUAACAAGUUUUAUAAUAAUAAUAAUAACAAUAAACCUAAAAUGAUUCUAUUUAUUAGAAUGAAGAUUUAUUAGGAUUAGGAGAAACAGAUGAAUAAUAAUAAUAAAAAUAAUAAAACUCAACAUAAUACAAUGUCGCAUAAACUGCCUCUAAUAUAUUCACCAAAAUUAAAUCAUAUACAGGUACUCAUGUCUAAAAUUCUAAUAAAAAUAUUAACGUUAGUCCUUCUUAACCUUAAUAAAAUAAAUAGAUUAAAUCUUUAAGUGAUUUAUCCAUAUAACUUCAAUAAGAAUAUUAAGAUAUUGAUUCACUUAUUUUGGAUUCCUUGUAGGUUCCAUUCCUUAAAGCUUAAGUUAUAUAAACAAGAAGAGAAAUGGUUGAUUUAGUUAAAAAGAGUUUAUAAAUCAAUCAACAGUUAUUUUAAACUGGUAGAAAAUGUAUUCCAACACCUACUUAUCAACCAAAAUUUACUAUGUAGGACUUUAUGCAAGUCUUAUAAAUGACUUUUUCUAAAUUUGUAGCUCAUGGGCAUUAUCUUCAUUUAGAAUCCUAAUAAUUAUAAUAAACUUGUAAUUAUUUCUCAAAAUUAUUACUAUUGUAACAUAAAUAAAUUUAUUAAUUAAAAUCUUAAAUAGAUGAUUAAAAAGUUGAAUUAGAUUCUCAAAAAGAAAUGAAAUAUUAUAUUCAAGAUAGAGCAAAAAGAUUUGAAGAGAGAAUUAUUAAAGCAGAAGAAUAAAUAUUUACUUUAAAUAAAUUAAAUUUUGAUUAAAAAUCAUAAAUAUAAUAAUUGUAGAAAAAAGAAAAAGAGUUGGAAGACUUAAUUAAAGAAAAAGAAUAAAAGACUUAAACUUUAUUUUAAGCUGUAAAAUAAAUUAAAAUAGAAAAAGAUUAAAUUGAAACUAAAUUAAAUUAAGUAUUAAUGAACUUCAAAAAUAUGAAAAAUGCCCUAAGUAAAAUAGUAUGA